GAAUGCUGGCAGAGUAAAGUUACAUUAUGUCCUAGAACGGUAGAUGGAUUAGCAUAACUCUUUACGCAUGAAAAUACGCGAAAAAUAUCACGAGGAUUGUUAAUAAAUGUGAAAUUACAGUACCACGACAAUAGACAUCGUUAUUAUAGUAGAUACAAGAAACAAAAACACCUGAAAAAGAGCCUUGCUUUGGAUUUUUUGAAAAUGGCGAAAGUUGUUUUUAAAAUCAACGGAAUCCAGUAUGAAGCUGACGGCAGAUACAGCCCGGAUGUAACUUUGAACGAAUACAUAAGAACAGUGGCUGAUCUGCGUGGAACUAAGGCGAUGUGCCAUGAAGGUGGGUGCGGCGCUUGCAUCGUCUCAAUACGCGCUGCAUCGCCGCCGACGAAUGAAGUGAAAACUUUUGCCGUUAACUCUUGUCUUGUAUCAGUCCUCUCUUGCCAUGGCUGGGAAAUCACGACUGUUGAAGGCAUUGGGAACAAAACGAUUGGUUACCAUGAAAUUCAGAGCAGAUUGGCGAAAUUUAACGGGACUCAGUGUGGGUACUGCACUCCUGGAUGGGUCAUGAACAUGUAUAGCUUAUACACAGAAAAAAAUAUGGAUAUAACUGCAGAGGAAGUAGAAAAUUCAUUUGCUGGCAACAUAUGCAGAUGUACCGGGUACAGACCAAUAGUUGAUGCCUUUAAAAGCUUCGCAAAAGACGCUGAUGAAGAUUUAAAAAACAAACUAGUUGACAUAGAAGAAAUGGCUAAUUUUAAAUGCUGUGGAGUCAGAUGUACAAAAAACUGUAAGCAUAACACAAAAAAAGACAAAGUGAUAGAAACAAAAUAUGUAAAGGAAGAUGACUGGUGUGUUUUAGAAAAAAGUAAUAAUAGCACGCUUGCUAUAAAAGGUGCAAAUUAUAACUGGUUUAAAUUAUUCAAGUUAAAUGAUGUAUUCAAAACUUUUGCUCAAUGUGACGAAUAUAAAAUGGUAGCAGGGAAUACUGGACAAGGUGUGUACCAUGUAACUGGAUAUCCGAAAUGCGUAAUAGAUAUAUUCAGUGUAGCGGAAUUGAAAGGGUACAUUAUGGAUGUAAAUCUAAUAUUAGGAGCUGGUAUGCCUUUAACGGAAAUGAUGGAAAUUUUUGCAAAACUAUCAUCGGAGAGUGAUGAUUUUGCUUACUUGAAAGAGUUUAACAGACAUUUGGAUUUAGUCGCUCAUAUUCCAGUGAGAAAUAUCGGCACUAUCGGGGGAAAUUUAUAUUUGAAGCACGCAAAUAACGAAUUCCCGUCUGACCUUUUCUUGCUAUUUGAAACUGUUGGAGGGAUGAUUACCAUAGCUGAAGCUCCAAAUAAGCAAAGUACAAUAUCAUUAUUGGAUUUUCUGAAACAUGAUAUGAAACGAAAAGUAAUAUUAAACGUUGUGCUGCCGCCAUUGUCGUGUUCAUGUGAGAUCAAAACAUAUAAGAUUAUGCCUAGAUCCCAGAAUGCCCAUGCAAUUGUGAACGCUGGUAUUCUAUUCAAAUUCAAACAGAAUGAUAAAAUUAUUGAAAAAGCCACGAUAGUCUUUGGCGGUAUUUCACCGAACUUUGUCCACGCCGUUAAAACAGAGGAACAUUUAGUCAACAAAGAUCCUUUCACUGAUGAAACUUUGCAAAUGGCUUUGAAAAAUUUACAAGAAGAAAUUAAUCCCCUUGAAGCACCGCCGGAACCAUCGGCGCAAUAUAGAAAAUUGCUUGCUCUAGCUCUGUUUUACAAGGCGGUUUUAAGUCUGUGCCCUGAAGGCAAAUUAAAUGAAAAAUACCGUUCCGGCGGGGAAGUGAUCAAACGGAAAACUUCGAAAGGGACGCAAACAUAUGACACAGAUGAAACAAUAUGGCCACUGAACAAACCCGUGCCCAAAUUAGAAGGAUUGGUCCAAUGUAGCGGCGAGGCCACUUUCGCAAAUGACUUGCCAAGUCAAACAGACGAAGUGUAUGGAGCUUUUGUCACUGCUGAUGUUAUUCCCGGCAGCAUUUUGGCUGGUUUUGAUACUUCUGAAGCUUUUACGAUUCAAGGUGUUAUAGCAUUUUACACAGCCAAAGAUAUACCAGGGGAGAAUAAUUUCACUCCAACCGAAAUACCAAUAUUACAAUCAAAAGAAGAGAUUUUAUGCUCUAAGGAAGUAAAAUUUUAUGGACAACCAGUCGCAAUCAUAGUAGCUAAUAGAGAAAAGGUUGCCAACCGCGCAGCUAAAUUGGUAAAAGUCAAAUAUGAAACAGCGUCUCCUAAUACACCUUUACUGACAGUGAAAAACGUGUUAUCAUCACAAGAGAAAGAUAACAGAGUAUCAUCGGAUGCAGUCAUUGAACCAACUGAUGUCGGUAAUGAUACUACAACAUUAAUCUAUGAUGAAUUAGUCUUUGAAACGCAAUAUCAUUACUACAUGGAGCCUCAAACGUGUGUCGCUAGACCUACAGAAGAUGGUUUAGAUGUGUUCUCAUCGACACAAUGGCUAGAUUUGACUAAUAUUGCUGUAGCCAAAUGCCUAAAUGUUCCUGUGAAUAGUAUAAAUGUGAUAGUCAGAAGAGUGGGUGGAGCAUACGGAGGCAAAAUAACCCGAUCUGCCCAAAUCGCUUGCGCGGCUGCUAUCGUAACACGUAUCCAAGGAAAGCCGUGCAGAUUCAUUCUACCAAUAGAAGAUAAUAUGAGAGUUAUUGGAAAAAGGGCCCCGACAUAUUGCAAAUUCGAAGCAGGUGUAAACGAAAAUGGAGAGAUCCAGUACCUCAAUAUAAUGUACUACCAAGACAACGGGUGUUCGAAGAAUGAAACAAUAACUCAGAUGACCAUACGUCACUUCCCCAAUUGCUACGAUUCAAAACGUUGGCGCAUCGAAGCGUUCAGUGCAGUCACUGACACACCCUCGACUACCUGGUGUAGAGCACCUGCAUCGACCGAAGGUCUCGCAGUUACAGAAUAUUUAAUGGAAAAAAUAGCGCAUAAUCUAAACAAAGACCCGAUGGAAGUCAGACUGGCGAACAUGGAAAAAGAAGACAACCCAAUCCCCGAACUAAUAGAUCAAUUGAAAAAAGAUUCCAGCUACGAAAGCAGAUUGGAAGAUGUAAAAAAGUUUAAUGAUGACAACCGAUGGAGAAAACGGGCGCUAAAAUUAAUGCCAAUGACCUACGAACUGUUUUACUUUGGCCCUUUUAACUGCUUGAUUUCAAUCUACCAUGCAGAUGGCACGGUGGCUGUUAGCCAUGGUUGCACUGAAAUGGGUCAAGGAAUUAAUACAAAAACAGCUCAAGUCUGCGCCUAUGCUUUAGGCAUUCCCUUAGAAAAAGUUAGUAUUAAACCAAGCUCGAGUUUCACAUCCCCAAAUAGUAUGGCAACUGGUGGUAGCAUAGGCAGCGAAUGUAUUGCAUACGCUGCUUUGAAAGCUUGUGAAAUAUUAAUGAAUCGUUUAAAACCCAUCAGAGAGAAGUUAGGAAAUCCCUCAUGGGAGGAACUUGUGAAAGUAGCUUUUCUUUCUGGAGUAUACUUACAAGCAUCCUACAUGUUUUCUAUGGAAGAACCCGUGCAGAACUACGAUAUUUAUGGUGUUAUUGCUUUAGAGGUUGAAGUAGACAUUUUGACUGGAAACCACGAUGUACUAAGAGUUGAUCUGCUUGAAGACACUGGGAGAAGUUUAAAUCCUGAGAUUGAUAUUGGACAGAUCGAAGGGGCUUUCGUAAUGGGUCUAGGUUAUUGGACAUCAGAGAAAAUUAUGUACGAUGAUAAAACAGGGAAGUUGCUAACUGACCGAACAUGGACGUACAAACCUCCGGGAAUAAAAGACAUACCGGCGGAUUUCAGGAUUUACUUCCGGCGAAACUCCGGUAAUAAAUUCGGAGUAUUGCAGUCGAAAGCAACAGGGGAGCCUGCUUUUUGUCUAGCAGCAGUUAUAACACACGCCUUUCGUGAAACGGUACGCAUGGCCCGUUUGGAUGCUGGCUAUGAUGACGCUUGGGUACAUAUUGGUUAUCCUUGUACAACGGAGAACAUAUUUAUGUCAGUGGAACACAAACUCGAGCACUUCAAACCCGCCCAUCGGAAAGCUUGCAGCGUUGUCCCAAGUAGGCGGCCAGCUGUCUUCGUGUACACAACGCACGAAACAAUGCAGCUACAGAAACACUUGAAGAUAGCGGCAGGAAGCGCUGGCGCAGCCGUUUUCGGCGUCUUGUUUGGCUGGGUGAUCUUCCCUGCCGUAUUGAAAAGUCAAUUAAAAAAGGAAAUGGCCUUGUCUAAGAAGACGGACGUCCGACAGAUGUGGGAGAAAAUUCCCUUCGCCCUUGACUUUAAAGUGUACCUCUUUAAUUAUACCAACCCUGAAGAGAUACAAAACGGAGCUCUGCCUAUUGUGAAGGAGAUUGGCCCUUAUUAUUUCGAGGAAUGGAAAGAAAAGGUGGAAAUACAGGACCAAGAAGACACGGAUACAAUCAGCUAUAAGAAACUGGACGCCUUCUAUUUCAAAAAGGAGCUUUCGGGGCCGGGUCUCACGGGGGAGGAAGUGAUAACAAUGCCACAUCCAUUUGUGCUGGGCAUGGUGAACCUUGUAUAUCGCGACCGACCUGCAAUGAUGAACAUGUUAGGCAAAGCCAUCAACGGUAUCUUCGACAACCCUCCCGACAUGUUCAUACGAGUGCCCACUAUGGACCUCCUGUUUAGAGGAGUCCUCAUUAACUGCUCCAGAACCGACUUUGCCCCUAAAGCUGCCUGUACUGCAUUGAAGAAGGAAGCUGCUGAUCGACUGAUAUUUGAACCUAAUAACCAGUACAGGUUUUCAUUGUUUGGAAUGCGUAACGCAACUGUGGACAAGCAUGUAAUAACAGUAAAGAGAGGCAUCAAAAAUGUAAUGGAAGUUGGCAGGGUUCUAGCUGUGGAUGGGAAAAUGGAGCAGGAGAUAUGGACCGGGACAUGCAACGGGUACAACGGCACUGAUGGAACCGUGUUCCCGCCGUUCCUAACCGAGUUCGACCGUUUGGAAUCGUAUUCUGGAGACUUAUGCAGAACAUUCAGACCCUGGUACCAAAAGAAGACAUCCUAUAAAGGUAUAAAGACCAACCGCUACAUCGCAAAUAUCGGAGACCUUGCAAACGAUCCCGACCUUCAGUGUUUCUGUGGUGACCCUGAUAAGUGUCCUCCCAAAGGUCUCAUGGACUUAACUAAGUGUUUAGGGGUACCUAUGUAUGCUUCCAUGCCUCAUUUUUAUGACAGUGACCCUGAACUGGCUAAGAAUAUCAAAGGUCUAAGUCCAGAUAGAAAUGAACACGAAAUCGUCAUUGAUUUUGAACCUAUCACGGGCACCCCUAUGGUCGCAAAACAGAGAGUACAGUUUAGUAUGCUGCUAUUAAAAACGGAAAAGAUUGAACUCUGUAAGGAUUUGCCGAACGUCAUAGCGCCCUUGUUUUGGAUAGAAGAGGGUCUAGCACUGAACAAAACCUUCGUGAACAUGCUAAAGCACCAGCUGUUCAUCCCCAAACGCAUCGUGGGCGUUCUUCGCUGGUUGCUGGUGGCUGGUGGGGUGACAGGCGUCCUCCCAUGCCUGCUCUACCACUUCAAAGACCACAUAAUGCGCUUUGCCGUAAAACCAGACUCCGCCAGUGUCUCCAAGGUCAAUCCUGAAAAUGGUGAUGCAGACUCGAAAAUUAAUGCGAUCAGCUCAGGAACAGUUUUACCUAAGAUCGAUAUGUAAUUAAUAUGUAGAUACCUACCAAGUUAAUUUUAACAUACUUAAUUUUGUUAUUAGUCAUAAGAAAUUAAUUUAACUAUAGCAGAAGGUUAAAUAGGUUAAAUAAGUUACACCACCUUUGGAUCACAUCUCUGUGAUUGCUUUCUUCGUCUUCGGCCUGGCAUGAAGUACCUACUGUUGCUACCUUUGAGAUGGUCUGCUAAUUACCAUCUCAAUGCAUUAUAAUAUAAUUAUUCGCCAUAGAGUCUAAUACACUGCAUACUAUAUCUGUUGAUAUCUUGCAUAGUGUAUCUACAGCACCAACGCGGGUGCAAUUUUUGUUUUAUUCCAAUACAAGUUAGC